CCAUUAGUGAGACACACCCAACAACGAAUUCCAUUAAAACUGAAUCACUUCUAGCAAGCUUUGAUUUACCUGCUACAGAUUUUUUUGCAUUAGUCACUCAAAAUGUAGAUCGUCACCGUCUCAGGGUAUUUGACACGCAUACGGGUACAGUUAACAAUGAGUUUUCUUCGGAUAAAGAAGAUAAAUUCACCUGCUUGUCUUGGGGAAAAGUAUAUGACGAGGAUUUGAAUGGCAAAGUUGAUACUCCUCCACCAAAAAAGAAAAAGAAAUUAUCAUCACAAAUUCAGCAAUUUAGCAAAGUUAUCGCUCUUGGACUACAGAAUGGAUCUAUUGCUAUUUACUCAAUUGCUCACGGAGGCAUUGUAAAAACAUUGAGUGGUUCACAUAAGCUACCGAUUAACAACUUUGUUUUUUCUAAAAAUGGAAAAAAAGCUUAUUCGUGCGCCGAAGACGCGUACAUUGUCGAAUGGGAUUUUGAAAAAGGGGAUGUAAUUAGUAAAUGGAAGGUUGACACCCAAACGACUAAAUAUAUUAUUACACUUUCGCAUGAUGAGACCAAAUUGUUAUCCGCAGGACAUACCAUCAAAUUGUGGGAUUUACGAUCAAAGCAGGUUCUCAAGAGUUUCACGGGACACGUAAGCAUAAUAACUAAUAUUAUGUUCUCAACAAGUGAUGAUCUCUGCGUAUCGACCGCAGAGCAUGAUAGGUUCAUAAAUAUUUGGCAAUGUCAUGGAAAUGAGCCACAAGGUGUUGGUUUUGCUGCACUUACUUUGGAUGAGGAUACAAGAGGUCUUUCGAUAUCUAAAUUUAAUGCCAUUCUGGCAAUUUCUGAAACGGGUACUAUAAAUAUUUUCAGAGAUGUGAAUUCCCGCUCUCCCGUGCAGUUAAAUAAAAAGAAAAAACGAUUUACAACACAAACGCCUGAUUGUAUAAUUAAGGUUUUAAAUGAAAAUGAUAACACUGUAAUACCAAUUAUUUCUGCAUGUUUUUUGAACGAAAAUGAAAAUGAAGAAAGUGGAUUUAUAAUGAUCGCCAGAGGGAAUACAGUAAAACCUAUUUUCGAAAAAGUGCGAUUUAUCAAUAAAGAAAGUGGAGAGUACUUACCAAGUGUAACAUUAAUACGUAAUCCAUCAACCAGUUUAUUAGUAGAUGAAUCAAGUUUGGCGGCAAAAAAUUUGGCUGCUACACAAAACCCAUACAAUGAAUCAAAAGCCAAUGAAGAAACGUUAGAAACAAAGUUGAAAGAUCUUGAUUUGAUGAGUGUGGAUUCUGAAAUGUCUCAACAAUCAUCUCACGCAUCAAAGUUUAAAACACUCCAAGGAAAUUCUAUGCAGCAAAUGUUAGUUCAAGCAUUACAUUCAAAUGAUGAUCAUCUUUUUUGUUUGGUUUUAGAACAAACAAGCCCAGAUAUUGUUAACAACACCGUUAGGAAAUUACCUACAAGGUAUAUCAUACCUUUCUUAGAAAAGGUGAUCACAAGAUUUUAUGAAAAACCUAGAUCCGUAAUGAAUAUGUUACAAUGGAUAAAAGCUGUGACAUUGAUACAUAUGACUUAUCUUAUGACUGUACCUGAUCUAACUCAUAAACUCUCAAAUUUUUAUCAAGCGUUGGAUUCUCGAUCGGCUGUAUUCCAAAAAUUGUUGAAUUUUCAGGGACGUCUAGAUUUAAUAAUGCAACAGAUAGCGAUGCGGAAAACUCAAGGAGCUGUAACAACAAAUGGGGUUGAAACUGUUUAUGUUGAAAGCAGUAGUGAUGACAUUAGUGAAGAUGGUCUUGAUAUAAUGGAUCAUACAAACGAAUCAAUUAAUGAGGCGUCUGAUUCCGAUGAUGUAUAUAUCUACUAA